GCCCGCGCAGCGGCCGGAGGCGCGGGGUGGCGGCCGGGAGCGAGCGCAGGCACAUGGUCCCGGCCCGCGCGGGCCCGCAGCCUUCCUCCCGCGCCGCCCCCUCCGCUCCCCCGCCGCGCUCCGUGCUGCUCUUCCCGUGCUGCUUCUGGCCGAUUCACCCUCCCUCUUUCUUUUUUUUCGUACUUUCUUUCCGCCUUCCCGCUUUCUCUUUUCCACCCGCGUCCCGGGCUGCUCCCUGGGAGGGGCGCCCUCGCCGAGCAGCUUGCACACCCCGGCCCGGGACGGAAGCAGGUGCCGCCUCUCUCUGCUAGUGCCUGGAAAGCUGUGGUCUGUGCUAGGAGUUGUGCCAGUGCUGCUGGUUCUGCACUGGAAACACGGGGCGGGGAGCCCCCUUCCCAUCACUCCUGUCAACGCCACCUGUGCCACACGCCACCCAUGUCACAGCAACCUCAUGAACCAGAUCAGGAACCAGCUGGCGCAGCUCAAUGGCAGUGCCAAUGCCCUCUUUAUUCUCUAUUACACCGCUCAGGGGGAGCCAUUCCCCAACAACUUGGACAAGCUGUGUGGCCCCAACGUGACAGACUUCCCUGCCUUCCACGCCAACGGCACGGAGAAGGCCCGGCUGCUGGAGCUGUACCGCAUUGUCGCGUACCUUGGCGCUUCCCUGGGCAAUAUCACGCGGGACCAGAAGGUCCUCAAUCCCAAUGCCCUCGGCCUCCAUAGCAAGCUGAACGCCACAGCGGACAUCAUGCGGGGCCUCCUCAGCAAUGUGCUCUGCCGUCUGUGCAGCAAGUACCACGUGGCCCAUGUGGAUGUGGCCUAUGGCCCUGACACCUCCGGCAAGGACGUCUUCCAGAAGAAGAAGCUGGGCUGUCAGCUCCUGGGGAAGUAUAAGCAGGUCAUCGCUGUGGUGGCCCAGGCCUUCUAGAGAGGAGGUCUGGAAGCUUGCAGUGACCGGAGACCUUAGACUCAGGUGGCUCUCAGACUGUCGGGGCCCAGAGCAUUACCAUACUAGUGGCAGGCCCGGGGCUCCUGGUCAGUCCACUCCUCCCUAGGUGGGCUGUGAUGAAGCCGGGCAGACUCAAAACUCCCGGAGGCAGGGACUAUAUACAGUGCCAGCUAGGAGGUGCUUCUUCUUCCGGGGAGACUGCAGCCAGUCGCCAGGGUGUCAAGCUGGUGGGGGUGGGGCGGAGCAUGGCUGGACUUCUGCCCCAGCUUGUCCCUCUAGCCAGGGGCUUUGCAAGGAGCCCUCACUGAUUACCCACAGUGAGCAUGACCACGGGCGAGACAGCAGGGGUCAGGUCAGUUGCGGCCCCUGCAGGGUGACCACCAUCAGUGCCUUCGCUGCCUUUCAGGCAGACGUUGGGAGGUUCAGUGGGGACUUGGGUAGGGCAGAGGGGCUGGGAUCCCAAAGGACCCCUUGGCCCUACAAGCAUGGCACGUGGAAGUGAGAGAAGGGGGCUCUGGUUUGAGAUGCUGCCUUCUCUUGAGCAUGACUGGAGAGCUAAGGCCUAGGGACUGUUAGGCAGAACAUUCCAGAAGGAGGUCACUGGUGUUCAGGCUCUUGGAAAGGCAGAGAGGCCGGGGAGGAAGAUGCUGGAAGGAAGACCAGCCUUGCAGGCCUUGGCGGGCUCUCCUUCCCUUUCCCUGAAGUCUGUCCCGUAGCCCAGGAUGGCCAGGGUCCCGUGGCCAGACCUGGAGGUGGGAUUGGUGGAGGUGGGCAGGUUGCAAAGUCAGGUGAGGCCAUUCUGAGGGGACCCAGACUCUUCCUUCUGGACAAGGGUCUGUGAGGGAGGGGCUGGGUGGGGUGGUUCAGAGCAGCAGCUCACGUCCGAGGCCCAUGGAAGCCUUGGAAGGUCACACAGAGCUGCUUGCGGGGGACCAGAGGCCUGUGUUCCCUAGAGCAGGGGGACAGCAGAACUUGAGAUCAGGGUCUCAGGGAAUCCUGAGGUCCAGAGCGCUGUGUGUCUGACCCAGCAUGAUUGUCUAUUUAUUAUGAUGCCCUAUUUAUAUUAACUUAUUGGUGCUUUAAAUGGCAACGUCAAUUCCCUUUUCUCUGCUCCCCACCCAACAGGAAUAAUAUGAUGACUCCUUCACUAGGAGCCAGGGCCAGAGCUUCUCUGGGCUGGGGCUGGAAAUCGAAGAUGUUACAAGUGGAUAAGCCUUUUGGGGGAAAGCUCAGAGAAGGCUCAGGAUUUGGGAGAACUGGUCAGCCUAGGAGGGGGACAGGGGACCCGGGUCCAUACCCCAACCCAACUGUGACUCACUUGAGGGGUAUCAGGAGCCCGGCUGCAAGGCAGGCUGGGCUGGUUUGUGGAGUGGCGGGGGGUCUUUUCUCAGGGCCACCAUGGUGCCGGGCUCUAGGGGGCUCAUUCAACACUGUGACCUCUGGUGGCCCCUGGAGCUGUGCUUUGAGGGGCAACGUUCAUGGUCAAAACAGAGCCCUGGAACAGUGGGCAGGCAGCCCUGGGGGCCUGCUCUGCUGCUGUUUUCUUGUGCCCGCGCUGCCUUCAGGCCAGCAGUCCCAGGGUUCCGAGACAGUCGUGUGCCAGCACCGGCAUGCUAGAACAGCAGAGGACACCCACACAGGGCAAGAGGGCCUGGCUGCACCUCAGGAAGCUGGGGCAGUGCUGGGAGGAGACCCCUGCUCUGGAGGGGAGGACACGGAGGCCCUGGGAUGUGGACCAGGAAGCUGUGGUCCCUCCUGCCCCACCUCCCUCUGCACCCCCACCCAUGUCUGGGCUCCCAGGCACGGAACCCGAUCUUUCCUUUGUGCUGGGGCCAGGCUAUUGGAGAAACGCCCUGCAGUCUGGGAGCAGGGGAGGAGGGUGCAGAGCUGGGGCAGUUGCUAAGAGCAGUUCCUGGCUUCUUCUCAGACCCAGAGUGGGCUGCGGACCUAGCAGUUCAGCCAACGCAAUCAUGGUACUUCAUGCCCUUUGCACUCUGUCUUCUCUAGGCACUUUCCCGGCCCGGCGGAGGGCAGGAGGGCAGGCAGCGGGCAGGCCCUGAGGUCUGGGGUUCAGGAGGGCAUGGUUGGAGCUGUCUGUCCCAUUGGGAAGACCGUUCUGUGGCGGGUGGCCUCUGGGAGGUCGGGACGGCUGCACAGUUUCCAGUAAGUCUCAGUCUGGGUCACGCUCCCCCUCGCCCAGGAUCUCAGCCUGCUGCCUGCCUGUUGCUCCACUCCUUUGGUGAAGGGGCUCAGAUGGCUUGGGGCUGCCUGGGUCCCCCAUCAUCCCAUCAUCCCACGGAUACAGCCUCUGUGGGUCCAUGCUGGACCUACCUGGGCAGGGACCAAGGGAAUCUUGUCUCCCAGACCCAGUGCCGCCCCUGGCUCCACCACCUUCCUGCCACCCACACCCUCCCUUCCCCAGCCCAGCUCCCCACCCUGCCCCUCUGCACCCAUCCUCAGCACUCCUUCUAGAACCAUCCUGGCAGGUCACUUUGCACAGUAUCCCUAGAGCAUGGAGCCUUUGUGUGGAAAAAGCUUUGCAGGGCAGGAAGCUGUCCUUUUCCUCACUGUUUUCAUCUGCUGGUGUUGACCCACACCUGCAUCCGGGGUCGCCGGCCAGCCCAGAGGAGGAGGGCAGGACAGUCAUUUCGCAGUUUAUGGAGAGAGGAGUAUUGGGAACCUCAUUUAUUUAAACAAUUUUGAAACAAAAAUGUGCCGCCAGUUUACUUACCUCCCCCCCUUGUCAGGGCCUCCUGCCCCUCUCCUGCCCCCCCUCAGGGGUGUCUCCCCCUACGAAGCAGUCGGGCUCCUCAGUGGUUCUCCGGACGGAUGUAGCGCGUUGAGCUGGGGACAAGGAUCAAGUGAGAAGUUAGUUUCCCUUCGGAUGGUGCGCUGUCCUUACCCUCAGAUCAUGCCCAGCCCCCCCCAACCCCAGUACCCGGGUCUUGGUCCGUCCACAGUGCUGGCUCCUGCGUCCCUCUGCCGCGGGGGGAAAAUUCCUCUUUGAUGAAUGUACCCUGUGGGAAUGUUUCAGACUGACAGAUUAUUUUUAUUUAUUCAAUGUCAUAUUUAAAAUAUUUAUUUUUUAUACUGAAGGAAGACUUUUUUUUUUUUUAAGAAAAAAGAGAAAUUAAUAAAGAAUC